AAAAGAGGUAACAGGCCAGCUCUUAGUAGUUCAUUGCGAGAAAGGACAUGGUAAGGGAAAGACCGUAAGAUAUAGUGGGGUUUUAGUAGUACCAACUGACGGCAUUUACCAUCUGCCAUGGCCGACACUGAAAAUCAGUCUGAGGUUGAAAAUAAGCCGGCACCUGAACAAAAAUUAGAACAAAAGGAAAAGAAAAUUAUUGCUGGCCAUGUAACAGGGACAGUGAAAUGGUUCAACGUGAAGAGUGGAUACGGAUUUAUCAACCGUGAUGACACAAAGGAAGACGUAUUUGUGCACCAGACGGCCAUUAUAAAAAACAACCCAAGAAAAUACCUUAGAAGUGUUGGAGAUGGCGAAAAAGUAGAGUUUGAUGUCGUUGAGGGAGAGAAGGGAAAUGAAGCGGCCAACGUGACUGGGCCUGACGGCUCUAAUGUACAAGGCAGUAAAUAUGCAGCUGAUCGUCGUAGAUUUAGACGUGGAGGGUGGUUCCCACGCUAUCGUGGAGGAGGGCGUGGUGGUAGACCAAGACAACAGAACUUUCAAGAAGAAGAAUCAGGGUCUGUAGAAUAUCCUUCCCCACGUGGAAGAGGAAGAGGUCAGCCGUUUUAUCAAAACAGACGAUACUUUGGACCACCACGUCGUGGUGGUGGUACUAGUGCUAGUGGUGCUGGAAGGCAGCAGUUUCUAGAGGGCCAGGGCGAAUAUCAGCUUCAGCGUGAUCAGGGCUAUAGAGGCCGCAGACCAUUUUACAGGAGAUACUAUGGGCCACCACCGAGGGGAUACUAUGAUGGUGGUUACUAUGGCUACCAAGGUGGUCCCCCUAGGGGAGGUCCACGCAGAAGAGGCCGAGGGCGUGGUGGCUUCCGCCGUGGCAAAGGACAGCGAAAAGACGACGACGACAGUCAGACUCCAAAGGCUGAAGUAAGCAACGACACCCUCAAGUCAGAACCUUCUUCUACCACCGUAGAAAGUAAAGAAGACUAACAGCAAUGGAGGGAAACCAAACUAAUUCGCCAAACAGAAUGACCUUGAUCUACUGUUUAUUUGUGUGUCCAUGUGUGUGCUGAGACAACCCAGUGACUCAAUCGAAACAACCUAACAGUAACUUCAAACACCCCUAUCUGUUGGUUAUCAUCUGGGAAACAGGGCUGGCUCUUGUGUUUAAAACUAUCUUUACACCUAGCAACUCUUCGUCUUUACAAGUAACCAAUGAAAACAACACCAAUCACUAAUGACAACAGAACACUUCUUAUACAGUUUCAGAGAGCAUACUAUCAAAGCAGCUUUCUAAUAGUUUUUUCCAAGUGUGACGCAUGAUGACUCAUUUUUUAAAAAUUACAUAGACUACCACUCCUUAAAACGUAAAAGAAUAAAAAAAAAUAGCACAUAGCUGAAGUUAAAUUUACCUGACUGACUUUUGAAGACUUAGAUAAAAUGUUAAAAACUAUGCAAUUUCAUGUUUUUUUAUUUUAGUGACUUUUGUAAUGUUAGGGUUAAUUUAUCAAGUUAUCAUGUUAAAAGGUAAAAUUCAAGUUCUAUUAUGGCUGAGAUGUGUCAAGUUUCUAUUCACAUGUUGAUUUCUCACGGCCAAAUGCAUGUGCUUAUUAAAAGUUUUUUGAUAGGUC